UCGUCUAAGUCGCCUGCUGGCGCAUUUCUGUCUUUGUGGGCACGAGAUGAUAGCGCAAGCAAGGCUGAACUCGACGAGGAAGGCCAGGAAAUUGACAAGACAGGCUAUAUAAUUGGUCGACAAAUUGGUGUUGGUGGUUUCAGUGUGGUCAAAGAAGUUUUCAACCUCGAGAACGGCAUUCGUAGGCGACGAGCCGUUAAGAUUGUACGCAAGCAGGUUUCUGGCAAAGGCGAAGACGAGAACGAAAAGGUGCAGGCCGAGUUUGAGCACGAGGUCUCGAUCUGGCGCUACGUCAAUCACAAGUAUAUUCUACCUUUGAUUGAGUGCUUUGAAACACCGUUUGCUACGUUUUGUAUCACGAAGUUGAACGAGGGUGGCACUCUAUUUGACCUCAUCCAUGCGAGGCGCAAGGCUGGUGCUGGCGGCCUUCCUUCUUCCCUCGCGAAGCGUUACGUAUAUCAACUCGCUUCUGCGAUCCGGUUCUUACACGAGGAUGUGCAUGUAGUUCAUCGCGACAUCAAGAUCGAAAAUGUCCUGAUCGACAUGUCAGAUCCCAAUGCUGCAUGCGACGGCGGUAAUAUUCUACUUUGCGACUUCGGGAUGGCCGACUUUGUAUACAACGAGCAUCGUCUUGAUCAAGAGCCAUUCGAUCAGGAAAUGCAUAUCGGCCCCAGUCACACAAGCACGUCUGUUACAGGCAGUCUUCGUUAUGCAGCACCGGAGCUACUGGAAAGUCCAUGCCAAUUAUACAGUACAGCUGUGGACAUGUGGGCAUUCGGCAACGUUGUAUACGCAAUGCUCAUGGCCCAAUUAGCAUUCAAUGACCCAUUCGAGCCACGAGUCGUCAUGCAGAUUCUAAAUGGUGAGUGGGACGAGGCACCCUUAUACAAGACCAACGCAGUUCUUGAAGAAGGCUCGACAGAACCCGUAGAGAUGGUGAAGGGGUGCUUGCAGAAGAAUCCAGAAGAGAGAUGGACGAUUGCGGAUGUCUUGAGGAGUACAUGGUUG